AUGUCGACCCAUUAUGUACUGGAGGCUAACUACGGGAAAAGCGCGAUAACGCAUCGUUAUAUUGUUCCGAGGUGGCGAUUGUCGAGCAAGCUGAACCAGCCUGCCGAAGAGGAAGAUGUUCCAGCCGAUCAAGUCUCACGAAAGUCGUUUCAAGUUCGCGAGUCGGCAAUGAUAGCUAGUAAGCAUCACGUACUCAACGGUACUACCAAGUUCAAAACGGUUUGUCGUCGUGGCACUCAAAUUGUGGGCAUCAUGAGUCGGAACGGAACUGUAGUUUUCAAUGAAGUGAUGGCUGCGUUGGGCGAGUUAGAGGAGAUCAUCAAGGAUGGAGUUGUGCACACUAUUGGUAACGAGUUCGGCUAG